AUGGAGACAGAGAUGAGCAAAAGCAAGUGGAGCAUCGCCAACGAGCUCCGCCUUGAAGAGAGACCCAGUGAUGUGAUCCUGACCAUCUUUGACUUCAGGGAGGUUGGUCUCAGGCUCAGGAAGAAGCCGGACAGCCCUCAGGAGACAAAGCUGCCCAAGACUGUCCGGCCCCCAGGCACGAGUGAGAACUCCAGUUCCAAGUUCUCAUCCCCUGACCGGAACAAGACCUUGCUUGAGCCUGUCCCAUCCGAGCUGGUGUUUCAGAACUAUGUCCUUGGCAAGGUCUGUGAAACGGCCCUGCUUCUGAGGAAUAGAGACAAGGUUACUCAGCUGGUGAAGGUCACCAUGGACAGCUCACCUUAUUUCAAGUUGGUUGACCCCAAUGGUGUGUGCCAUCAGAUCCCACCGGGCUCAUUUUGCACUAUAAACAUCCUUUUCACCCCUGAGGGGAGCAAGUCUCUUUUCCUGCAGGAUCAUUUCCACCAGCUUGUCUGCAUCAGCAAAAGAGAAAAGCUCACUGUGCCAAUCCGGGCCAUUGGUGCCCGCCCAGUCUUGGACUUCCCUGACCAGCUGGACUUCUCGUCGUGUCCAGUCAAUCACAGCACCCAGAAGACUCUGCUGGUUCACAACACCGGGAACCUGGAAGCCUGUUACAGCCUCAGCACUGAGAGCCCUUUCACUGUCAGCCCAGCCACGGGAACCCUCGAUGUUGGUGAAGCCAAGCAAGUGACAGUGGAAUAUCACCCGCUGCAGACCGGGCACCAUUCCACAUCCCUGGCAGUGCACUGUGACAGAGGUGAGUGCUGGGCACUGCAGGUGCACUCACCCCGCGUCCUUCCGAACAGCAGAGCCCUUUCUAAGCAGAAUAACGUCGAAGAACCCCAUUCAGUCUUCGUGUAA